AAUACUUACAUUAAUACAAGCACUCUUUCUUUGUUCUUAUUUUUCGGUGUUUUGCGCGUACACAUCACCAUGAAGCUCGUCCGGUUUUUGAUGAAGUGCGCCAAUGAGACGGUGACGAUUGAGUUGAAGAAUGGCACAAUCCUCCAUGGCACAAUCACAUCGGUCUCCCCGCAGAUGAACACCUCGCUGCGCACCGUCAAGAUGACCCCCAAGGGCCGCGACCCUAUCUCGCUCGACACCAUUAACAUUCGAGGCUCGACGAUCCGCUACUACAUUCUUCCGGACAGUCUGCCACUGGAUACUCUCCUUGUCGACGACCAGCCGAAGCCUAAGAACAAGGCACGCAAGGAGGCUGACCGCGGCGCUCGCGGCGGCCGUGGUGGCCCUCGCGGCAGAGGCCGUGGACGCGGCCGGGGACGUGGACGUGGAUUCUAAAUGGGAACAUAGACAAUGACUAGGAGUUUUUCUCUUCUUCCGAUUUGAUUCGUUUUGGGUGAUAUCUGCGAUGGUUUCAUUUUUGCACCUCGAGGGUUCAGCUUCUAUUAUUCCUUUGUGCGAUGGGGCGGGAAAAAAGAGAGUACUAAUUCACUUUUUUUUUUC